GAAAGAGAAAGUUAAACCACUGGUGGUUGCUCCGGAGAGCAGGGCGAGGCCGGUUGGUUCCUGAGUGCACAAGCCUGCACGGAAGUGCCCAGGCACAACCCAGCUGAGGAUACUCGCUUUUCCCGCGCUGCCAGAAGCUGAGCGGCAAAGCACUCCCCAGGGGUAUUGAGUACGGGCUGGGGCCCGGAGAUUGCAGGCCCAGGGGGCAGCUCCACCACAGGAGACAAGACACGCCUCAGACCGGGCAAAUUCCCGGCCUCCUGUGGCCCCAAGCCAGCAGCCGCCGCCCGCCACCUCGUCGCCUUCUCCGGUGCUGCCCCGGUCACCCUGCCGGCCCCGAACUAGCCCGAGCCUGAGCGCGUGGUCCCUUGGCGCUGGGACGCCAGCGAGGUUGGGACGAGACCGAUGUGGCGCAUGCGUGGUGGCACCACCAGGCACGGGAGCUGCGGGGGCAGGGGCAGCGGUGGGGCCCGGAACGGGCAGGGCCGACCAGGCCGGGCUCGUGGGGGUGGCAGCGGUGGCAGCUGUGGCGUGGGCUGGCGUGGCCGUGCGGGUGGCGCCCGGCAGCAGCUAGAGGAGCGGUUCGCCGACCUUGCGGCGAGCCACCUGGAGGCCCUUCGAACGCGAGACGAACGGGACCGGCAGAACGCCCGGCUGCGCGAGGAGAACGCCCGGCUGCGGCUUGAAAACCGGCGGCUGAAACGCGAAAACCGAAACCUCUUCCGUCAGGCCUUGCGGUUCCCGGGCGAGGGCAGCGAUGAAGCGCCCACAGAGACGACGGCGACCCCAGGCUCUGAAGGGGCCUGCACGAACCCCAGGGCGAGUGGUGGCGGCCCCGAUGGCGAACCGGGCAGCCCCAGGGCCCUGAGGGCCCGUCUCGAGAAGUUGGAGGCCUUGUACCGCCGGGCCCUGCUGCAGCUGCACCUGGAACAACGGGGGCCACGCCCGAGUGGCGACCUGGAGGAGCUGUCUUUGCGUGAACCCGAGCCCGGCCUCCGAGCCCGGGACGUGGAGCCCCCAGAAUCCUGGUUGUAGCCGGAGGCCGCAACCGGAGAGGGGCGGGGCCUCACGCGGGCCCCUCCCCCUCGGCUUCCGGCUCCCCCUACCUAGCGCCCUCCCUGGGCCACGCUCGGUCACGGGAACUGGUUUGCUGAGCUCGACCACGGGACUCUUCCCGGAGGCUGAGAAGGGUGCAGGACUCUGGAGACACGAAGAGUACAGAACCUCUGCCUCUGGCGCCUGCUGAUGUCCAUGGAGAGAGGCCUAAUGACCGAAAGGCGUGUUUUAAAACAGCAAGAAAUCUGUCAGGCAACAUGUCCUAAUGCUUGAACUUUUGUGGGUGUCAUAAGGAACUGUUACAAUUUUUUACUCUAUUUUGGAUCUUUGAGGGAUGAAUAAUGCAUUUUUAGUUGGUUGUGGUUUUUCAUUCUUCAAUCCCCUAAAGCCUACAGCCAUUAUCUUUUCUGUGGCCAAAAUUCUAAGUAUUGUUUUUAUAAAUUGAUAUUUUGGGUUUCUUAUAAAGUACCACCCUUUUUAUUAAAAAGGUGUUAUUUAUAACUUA